AUGCUCCGCACGCUACAUGGCGAGCCCACCGUCGACCCCGGCCGCGACAUGCCCACGCGACUGAAGAAAGCCACGCGCCUCGGUGCCGCCGUUGACAGGAACGUACGAAGGCGCAGGCCCAUCGCAACUGGCGAGCUGCAGGGCGGUGGCAACGCCAAUCGCACCCUCGAUCGCUCGAAGGAGGCCGAGAAGGCGAAGAACCUUGCAGCUGUCAGGAAGGCGAGACGUGUUGGUGCCCAAGUUAGGACCUAUCAGUCGGAGGCUACCGUCGGGAGCGUCAAGUCUAAGUACACUACAGGCUCAACCGAUAUCCAUAUCAAUGGCCUGGAUCUUGCCUUUGGUGGCAUGUCGCUGCUGGAGGGGGCGAGUCUGAACAUUCCCUAUGGCCGGAGGGUUGGUAUUGUCGGCAGGAAUGGGUGUGGUAAGACUACGUUGAUGCGUGCGAUUGCGAGGAGGGAGCUGCCAGUGCCGGAUGAGAUGGACAUUGUGUACGUGGAGCAAGAAAUUGAAGGGAGUGAUAAAACCCCGUUGCAGGUUGUCCUGGAGAGCGAUACAGAGCGACAGGACCUUUUGGAUGAGGAGGAGGCCUUGACGGAGGAGAUGACGCUCGCGGAAUCGGAGGGGAGGGAGCAGGAUCCGAAGAUCGGCGAGCGUCUCGCUGAAGUUUAUAACAAACUUAGUGAGAUGGAUGCGGACAAGGCAAAAGCGAAAGCGGCUUCCAUCCUGGAUGGUCUCGGCUUCACUGAACAGGGUAUGACCCAUCAAGCCGUUAGUGAGUUUUCUGGUGGUUGGAGAAUGCGUAUUGCCUUGGCGUCUGCACUGUUCCUUGAGCCGAAGCUACUCUUACUGGAUGAGCCCUCAAAUCAUCUCGACGCCAUGACCGUAAUUUGGCUCGGCGACUACCUGUCACGCUGGGCGCAUACCAUUGCCUGUGUUUCUCACGAUCGCGCGUUUUUGAAUGAGAUUUGCACUGACGUUAUCCAUGUCAAAGACCACAAACUGCACAUGUACAGUGGUAACUAUGACGACUUUGAGAAGGCGAGAGGUGAGCGACUGAAAGAAAUGGAAAGGACUGCUCAAAGUCAGGAAAUGAAGCGUGCUCACGUGCAAAAAUUCGUCGACAAGUUUAGAUUUAAUGCCAAACGAGCAAGUAUGGCGCAGAGCAGACUCAAGAUGUUGAAGAAGAUGGACGAAGAACGCGUUGUUCUGCCAAGCGAAGAGGAAGAGUUCUCAUUUGAGUUUCCUCAGCCAGGAGCGCUCACGGGCUCCCACGCGUCUGUACAGAUAUGCGAUGUGACGUUCGGGUAUCCUGGGCAAGAGCCAAUAUUCCGAAAUCUUGACUUCAGUGUCAACACAGAUUCUCGCGCAGUGCUUCUCGGGCCGAAUGGAGCCGGAAAGUCGACGCUUCUGAAGCUAUUGCUGGGCGAAAACACACCGCUGGAUGGUGAGGUGAAGAAAUCACAGAAAAUUCGGCUUGGUUACUUCUCUCAGCAUCAUGUGGACACUCUAGUGUUGUGGCGGACACCGUUGGAGCACAUGCGCGUAAUGUUCCCAGAUACUACAGAACCAGAAGUGCGAUCGCAUUUGGCGAGACUCGGUGUGCGGAAUGAGCAAGCACUGCGACCGAUCAACACGCUUUCCGGAGGUCAGAAGAGUCGUGUUUCGCUGGCAGUGAUUACAUACCAAAAGCCGCAUUUGCUUAUCCUUGAUGAGCCGACGAAUCAUCUGGAUAUCGAAACAUUGGACUCGCUGAUCAUGGCACUCAACUGCUUCAACGGAGGACUACUGGUCGUCACUCAUGAUGCCCGUCUAGUGACGAGUGUCUGCGACACAAUACACAUUUGUGAAAAUGGGAAGGUUACCGACUUCCGUGGGGAGUACCAUGACUACAGGAAGCAGAUGGUGGAGCGAUUGCGUGCUCGGUCCAAGUUGUUCAAUAUAUAAAAAGGGAGCGUACGGGGCAAGGAUAGUUUUCCCUCUCGUGACCAGGUUGUGCUGGAUUGCCCUUUUAUGAUGGGACACCCAGAUCAUUCCAUCGCUUUGUACUUCAUUUCAAAGGUGUUGCCUAGAUAGCACACCAUCAGAAAUACUGUUGGCAUGAUGUAUGCGAAGACGGCGAUGAUA